UUACUAACAUACAGCUAGCAAAAUUUUCAUAUCCAAUUUGUAAAUUAGAUAAUUAUAGUAAAUUUACAACCCAAGUAACGGUCGGAAGAGGGUAGUCAUCGAGUGAUGGGAUCAGAUAGCGAAGAUUCGGAUGAAGAAGGAGGCUUAGGAAAUGUCAAUCGACUGAUUAUUCGACCACAUGGACAUAGUGGAAAGGCAAAGAAAGGUCAUCUGUGCUUUGAUGCUGCAUUUGAGACUGGAAAUUUAGGGAAUGUAUUAUUGAUUAAUGAAUACGAAUAUGACCUUUGUCUUCGUCCCGACACUUGCAAUCCACGCUACCGCUUCUGGUUUAACUUUACUGUCGACAACUGUAAGCAAGAUCAACGUGUCAUAUUUAACAUUGUAAAUUUAAAUAAGAAUAAUAAUCUCUUCAAUCAACGAAUGACCCCGCUUGUAAAAUCAACAUCACGCCCGAAAUGGCAACGACUGCCAAAGGAGCACGUCUUUUAUUAUAAAUCGACAAUUCAUCAACAGCACUAUGUGUUGAGUUUCGCAUUUAUUUUUGAUCGUGAAGAUGAUGUUUAUCAGUUUUCAUUGACCUAUCCAUACUCAUAUUCGAGACUUCAAUCUUAUUUGUCUGUUUUGGAGCAGAAAUUUCCACUUCAACGGGAUGCAUUGGCUUAUAGUGUUCAGCAACGAAGAUUAGAAUUGAUUACAUUUGAUGAUGUUAAAAAACCUGAAGCUCUUGAGCCUGGAAAGAAUCAAAUACGUGUUGUAGUUAUUUUAGCAAGAAUUCAUGCUAGUGAAUCACCAACAUCUUAUGUCGUUCAAGGACUUAUUGAAUUCCUUGCUAUUGCCAAUCAUCCAAUUGCUAAAUUAUUACGUGAAAAUGUCGUCUUUAAAAUUCUUCCAAUGAUGAAUCCUGACGGAGUCUUUUUGGGGAAUAAUCGUGUCAAUUGCUUAGGACAUGAUCUCAAUCGUAAUUGGAAUAAUAUUUCCUUUUAUACCCAUCCAACCUUAUCAGCUACAAUGGACAUGCUUAAAGAAUUCGAUACAUCGGAAUGCUAUCAGUUGGAUUUUGUAAUUGACAUACAUGCGCACUCUACAUUCAUGGGAUGUUUCGUAUAUGGAAAUGCAUAUGAGGAUGUUUAUCGAUACGAACGUCAUCUCGUAUUUCCAAAAUUGUUUGCCAGUCGUUGUGCUGACUUUCAAAAUGACAAUAUGAUUUUUAAUGCUGAUGAUCGUAAGCAAGGAACAGCACGUCGUUAUUUGUGUAAUCGAUUGAGUGAAAAUGUUAAUGUCUAUACAUUACAAGUGUCGAUGAAUGGAUAUUUUAUUAAGGGAACAAACAUUGCAACACCAUACACUGAGGCUGACUAUAUGAAAGUGGGAAGGAAUUUAGCACGUUCGUUAUUGGAAUAUUAUAGAUUCACAAAUAUUCUUCCCAUUCCACCACUUAUGGAAAUAAUCACGAAACGAAGGGGAAGACCGAAAACUCAUCGACCACGACGUAAAAUCAAGAAUAUUUACCCUCUCCGACCAAAAACAACACGCGAGAAUGCUCCAAUUAAUUACACUGACUUAUCAAUUUGUUAUGACAGUGACACAUCCGUUGGGGAGAAUUUAUCCCCCGUUCGAUAUCCGUUCCAUAGCCACUUUAUGCUGCAGCAUAAUCGAUUACGAUUCAUUCAGACUCAAAGUGAUCCAUUUCCAUCACUAAAGCUAGCUAAUCUUGAGUUAAGUCCAAAGCACAAGAAGAAGCAUGCACCAGCAUCAACAAUAUCUGAAAAUUGUCCUUCAAAAGCUGAAACAUUUAUGGUACCGCCAAAAUCGUACGUAUCGGUAAUUGACUUUAAUCUUUUAACCCGCGGAGGGCUAGAAGAAGCAACACAAAAGACUUCUGAGAAGGUAUGCGCACAUCACUAUCAAAAAUUGAAUCGAUCUAAGAAUUCCAAGUAAAUCCUCAAUUUAAUUCCUUUAGUUAUCUUAUAUUAAUUUGUGCAUUUAUUUUUGGUGGUUCCAUUCACAAAUGACAAUGAAAACAUAAGUUAGGUCAUUUGUGGACGACCCGUAGGGGAAAAUUUAAAUGAUAAUAAAUGAAAUUGUAGAUUUUUUAUUUGUG